AUGGUGACCUACGGAGGAGAUGAAGUAAACGCGCUUGUGCUUGACGUUGGUUCGACAUCAACACGCGCAGGAUAUGCUGGCGAAGACACUCCUAAAGCUGUUUUCCCUACCUCGUAUGGCUACCUUGAGGAGCCAGACACGGACUACGUUGCUACAAAAUCAGGCGUGGAUGGGGAUGUUACAAUGGGUGAACAGACUGAGGAGAACGACGUUAGAGUUAAAAAAAGAUACUUUAUUGGAGAUUCAAUGAUCAACACAUGGAGACCAAACAUGGAAAUAAAGAACCCAAUGCAUGAAGGAUUAGUCAAUGAUUGGGAUGCCAUGGAGCAGAUCUGGAACACAGCAUUCCGCACAAUGUUGCGUAUCGAUCCUACAGAACAUCCUCUUCUCUGUACCGAACCAGCAUGGAAUACUCCAGAAAAGCGCGAAAAGAUGGUAGAGUUAGCCUUUGAGAAGUUUGAAUUUCCUGCUUUCUAUUUGGCCAAGGAUGCUGUUAUGACAGCUUUCUCUGUAGGAAGAGCAACAGCAUUGGUACUUGAUUCUGGAGGAAGCAUGACUAGUGCUGUUCCAGUAUAUGAUGGCUAUGUUCUGAAAAAGGGCAUCUUGAGACAACCAAUUGGUGGUGAUCUAUUGACUAAGCAGAUCCUUGACCAACUAAAGAACGAUUUGAAUGUCCAAGUGACACCACAAUACAAAAUUGCAAGCAAACGGCCUGUUGAAAGUGGUCAACCUCCUCAGGUUGAGCUUCGUGACCGUCCCAACACAACAGAGAGUUAUAAUGAUUAUCAGACGUCGAGAGUAAUUUUGGAAUACAAGGAGAGUGUCUGCCAGGUGUCCGAAAUGGCAUAUGAUGAAGGCAUCAUUGCCUCAAGGCCACAAAAGCCCUUCGAGUUUCCAGAUGGCUACAAUAACUCGUUUGGUAUGGAACGUUACAAACUUCCUGAAAUAUUGUAUCAACCUAGAGAUUUUAUCAAUGUGCCUCCCCAAGCUGAGACAAAUCCUCAGGCCGAGAUCCCCUCAGUGGGUCUAUCUAAGCAACAGAUUGAUAGCAGUCUUGGAAUGCACCAAAUGGUUAUGAAUAGUAUAUUCAGUUGUGAUGUUGAUCUUCGCCCAUUGUUAUUUAACAACGUUGUUGUGACUGGAGGAAACACACUUUUCCCCGGAUUCAACGAGCGUCUCAACUAUGAGCUCCCUAUUAUGGCACCAAGCAGCAAAAUCAAAAUUCAUGCUGCUGGUAACCAAACUGAGCGUAAGUGUAGUAGCUGGUUGGGAGGAUCUAUCUUAGCAUCACUCGGUACAUUCCAUCAGCUGUGGAUUUCCAAGAAGGAGUAUGAAGAAGUUGGUCCUUCCAUUGUUGAAGCAAAGUGCCAGUAGAGUUUAUGUUUAUUGAUAGUAUUAAAAACGAUAAAAAAAAUAAAGAAAAACAAAGAGAGAGAAAGAGAAAGAGACAGAGAGAGGGAGAGGUAUAAAUAUACACUUUCAUUACUCUUCUUCCUUUUUAAAUUUAUCGCCAAGGAUUUCUCUGAAGCCAGAAAUAAUCUCAUUUUCACGUUUAACCUUUUGUUCUUGUGCGUGCUGAAGGAGAAGUCUCUUUUCUUCCGCUGAAAUGACCUGGUUUUCCUUUCGGAGACGGACGGCAUUCAUACGUUGAUGUCUGCUACCACUCAUAACAUAACCGGCCUUUUCGUAAUCUGAAAUCUGGUCGCCAGAAAGACCAAUUUCACCACGACGUGGAAUACGUUUUCCUUGCUGAACAUAUGCAGCCAUAGCAGAACCCUCACCAGGAAGCAACGCACCACCAUAUUCUCUUUCAUUUCGAAUAUCAUCAUCCUUGGGUAAUGGCACAGGACCAACCGGUGCCAAAUCAUCGGGUAGAUCCACUUGCUUCUCAACCCAUAAAUCUUCUACUGCAUCCAAUUGUGAUUCAUCUACUUCGAGAAUAGGAAUAUCCUCUGGUUGUUUUGUGCGCACAAUAUCCCUUUCUCGCUUGUCCUCAACAUCACUUUCAUCUUCUGGUGUCUCGGAUCUUCUGUGUCUCUUUUUUGAUUUAUGACUAGACUUUUUCGAUGAAUGCUUCUUCUUGCUAGACUUGUGACUUUUAUGUUUUCGUCGUUUGUGUCGUUCACUGUCAUCUGAAUCAUCGGUUCCGGAAUCAUCGCUAUCUGAUUCGGAACGAGCCGAUCUACGUUUUUUAUGACUGCGGGAAUCAUCCGGUGUUAAGGAUCGUCGACGGAUGUCAGGAGAAGUAGCCCAAAUUGUCGCUGGAUUCUCUUCUCUAACACGUUUGCGAUAUUCAAAAAACGUCUCUCCUGACUCUCGGACAACUCCAUCAAUUGUUUCUCCAGAAUCUUGAUC